CGGUCCCGGGAUGUUCAAGGCGAUGUGCGUGUGCUUGUGGGGCGAGCCAGCUAUAUAGGCGGCGAUGCCUCUCACUCGCUCUCAGACUCACUCGCUGCGGAGUGGGUGGCGUUAGAGCCUUUUGAGCGAAACCUCUGGUGUGGGCUGCGACUGUUUCCCGAAGAGAUCCAGCGUUUCUUUGCGCAGCUCCGCGCCUCGUCGCGCGUGGAGAGAUGAAUCUUGGAGACAGACCAGAAAGGGAGAAUAUCUUCACAGAACAAAGACUGUCACUUCAGCAAAUGAGAAUAUGGACUAUUUACAUUGAUUUAGAAGAGCAGACAAAACAACGGUUUUAUACAGCACUAAAGGGAAAGACUGCAUUGCCAGUUUAGAAGGGCAAAGGCACAAAAUAAAGUUCACGAUUAAAUGGUAUUUAAAGUUUGUUUUCUCUGAUCAUAUCACGUGAAUAAAAUCUGCAGCAAGAAUAGGCUUAGUGUGGACAAUUAAGAGCUGUGUAUUCUCAAGAAAAAUGGCUGAAGCUCAUAUAAAAGAAACCCGAAUGAACCUAAAUGAAGAAGAGAAAGGAGCUGAGAUUGAAGCAGUCAAAAUGCCUUUGGGCAGAAGAUCCUGCCGAAAAGCACCUUUUAAAAAAGGGUCUUCCUUGAAAAACUGUUGGUGCUACAAGAGUGAAAGAGGAGAGUGGGUCGUACCUGUAACAUGUUUUUCUUUAGUAAUUUUGACAAUGACAGUUAUUAUUCUGAUCCUUGCCAUUUUGUUCACAGAGAGAAAAAACGAAGGAUGUCCAGAUCUUCUCCCUGCUGUCUUUGCUGAUCCUUGUCCAAAAGGUUGGCUGGGAUAUCAAAUGAAAUGCUACUACUUUUCAGUGAAUGAAGGAAACUGGACCUCUGGCAACAGCCACUGUUCCUCCCACAAUGCCUCCUUGGCUGUGGUCGGCUCCCAAGAAACACUCGAUUUCUUUUUACGUUACAAAAGCCCUCCUGAUCACUGGAUUGGUCUCCAGAAAGAUUCAGGUCAACCUUGGAGAUGGAUCAACGGCAGCAUUUUCACAGGACAGCUCUUCACACUUCCAACUGAAAAGGGAAGGAGAUGUGCAUAUUUGAACCAUAAAGGUGUUGCCAGCUCCAGCUGCACAAGAGAAGAACUCUGGAUCUGUAGCAAAGACAUAUUUAAAGGCAAUGCCUGAAUUACAGAAACCAAACUCUAAUUUAUUCUGUGCACAUAGAGUGAGGCACUUUAAAAUGUAAUAUAAUAAAAUAAUAAAUAAUAAAACCUUAUUUACCGUAUAUCCUGCCUUAUAUCCCUUUGGGGACUCAGGGCAGUUGUACUUGUUUUUUGCCUUGUUUUCAGCCUCAUGCCCCAUGCAGGAGAAAAUUAAUAAAAUUUUUGCAGAAUGUAUUCCAGAGGGGUGAGCAAUUGAAUUUUUUUUUUAAAAAAAUUACUUUAUUUUAAUUUUUUAAGUUCAAAUUUUGAAAUUCUUCAAAAUUCAAAAUUGGCAAGUCCUUCUCUUUCUUGUGCAAAAUGUGAGCAAAAGGUUUCCAAUCUUUUAAAAAAAAAAUCAGAUGUCCCUUCUUUUAGUGAACAGUUAAUUCGUCCAUCUCAGCCAAGUCCAUCAUUUUUAUCAUCCAAUUCUCUGUAGUUGGUGCUGCUGAAUUCUUCCAUUUCUGAGCAUAGAGCAAUCUGGCUGCUGUGAUCAUAUAUUGCAACAGUCUAUAAUAAUAAUUUGUAUCAGUCAGACCAAGUAGAGAAGUCUUGGGUUUUAAAUGGAUAUUUUCAUGCAAAUCUUUCUGGAUCACCUUAUGUAUUUGAAUCCAGUAUUUCUUGGCAUGUUUACAUUUUCACCACAUAUGAUAGAAAGACCCCACUUGCUGUUUACAUUUCCAGCAAGUGUUGGAAACCUCUUUAGACAUCUUAGAAAGCAGUUUAGGAGUUGUAUACCAUCAAUACAUCAUUUUAUAAAAAUUCUGUUUCAAAUUAUAACAUAACAUAAAAUUUAACCCCUUGUUCCACAUUUUCUCUCAUUGGUCCAACAUUGUAUUAUGCCCAACAUGUUGUGCCCACUUUGCCAUGCAUUCUUUAACUUGCUCAUUUGCCAUUUCAAUAACAUACAUUUUAGCAAUUAAAUGUUCAUCAUUAGCACAUAAAUUGCAACUAAAAUUCUGAUUUACUCAGUUCAAAACAAAUUAAUUGCUUGUAUUGCCUAAAUCUCUCCAUUAACUGUAAAUAAGAAAAUCACUGAAAA